CCUGAUGGCGGGCGUUUUUGUCUUCUCUCUGAAUCACCUCACCGUAGGAAGGGUGGCGAAUGCAGUGCCGCGGUGGAGAUCCUAUUGACAAUAAAUCAGAGUCCUGGUCGCCGCGUCACAGAAGCGAUUAUGAGCCUCCGUGACUUCGCUCGAAUGACCGAGAUGGGGACCGCGAUGCCCGACGCCCCCUCCUGGCCCACCGCUCCCGCUCUGCUCCACACUCCGAGUUUGCCUGUGGCCACCGAUCAGAGGCGCCAGGUUGAGGUCAUUGUGAUCUUUGAAGAUAUCGCCAUGUAUUUCUCCAGGACAGAAUGGUACCUCCUUGGUGAGGCUCAGAGAUGCCUGUACCUUGAGGUGAUGCUGGAGAACUAUGCUCUUAUAUCAUCACUGGGUUGCUGCUGUGGAACAGAGGAGGUGGAGGCACCCACUGAACAGAAAGUUUCUGUGAGAGUCUCAAAGGCUAAGAAUCUUAAGUCAGCACUGUCUUCCCAGAAGAGCCACCCCUGUGAGAGUUGUGGGUGUGUCUUGAGAGACAUUUUUCUUUUGUUUGACCAGCAGGGAACACAAGAGAGGCCGACCCUGCUGAGGUGUGGGGCAUGUGCAAAACCAUUUUAUUUCAGUGCACAGAGUCACCAGCAGCAGGAGCAGGGCACAACAGAGAAUUGUUUCAUAAGCAGUGUGGACAGGAUUUCACUGGAAAAGAGCUGCAAUUCCCACAUGUCAUGGAAUCCUUGUACCUCUAGUCAGAUUGGAAGAUGCUUCAUCAGCCCCGGACAUCUAGAGCAACUGGCUGUUCCCACCGUGCACAGGAGAAACAAAAUCUCUAAAUCUGGAAUGACUUUACAAAGUACAAAAUAUUACACGACAAGAGAAUGCAAGAAAGCCAUUGGCUAUGAUAACACCCUUAUUGAGGACCAGGGACUCCUUCCUGGAAGACAGUAUUUUUUGUAUUGUGAAAUUAGAAAGACUGUUAACUGUACCUCUUCCCUCCAUGUUCAUCAGAGAGUUCACAGUGGAGAAAGGCCUUAUGAGUGCAUUGAAUGCGGAAAAUCUUUUAACUUUAGCUCUGAACUUUCUAAACAUUCUGGAAAAAGGACUUAUACAUGUGAUAGAUGUGGAAAAUCUUUUACUAGUAGUUCGAACCUCCGUUAUCACCACAGAAUUCACACUGGAGAAAGACCUUACAAGUGUGGUGAAUGUGGGAAGUCUUUUACCCAUCCCUCUCCCCUGCGUGCACAUGAGAAAGUUCACAUUGCAGAGAGGCCUUAUGUGUGUAGUAAAUGUGGGAUGUCUUUUAAGAGAAAAGGUAUCUUUAACUCUCAUCAGAAAGUUCACACUGGAGAAAGGCCUUAUGAGUGCAGUGAAUGUGGGAAAUAUUUUAAGAGAAAAGAUUAUUUUAAUUCUCAUCAGAGACUUCACACUGGAGAAGGGCUUAAUGAAUGUGGUGAAUGUGGGAAAUAUUUUACCCAUAGAUCUACCCUACGUAAACAUCAGAAAGUUCACACUGUAGAAAAGCCUUAUGAAUGCCAUGAAUGUGGGAAGUAUUUUAAGAGAAAAGAUAACUUUAAUUCUCAUCACAGAGUACACACUGGAGAAAGACCUUAUACAUGUGGUGAAUGUGGGAAAUCUUUUACCCACAGCUCUACCCUGUGUAAACAUCAGAGAGUUCACAGUGGAGAAAGGCCUUAUGAGUGCAAUGAAUGUGGAAAAUUUUUUACACGUAGCUCAUCCCUCCAUUAUCAUCACAGAAUUCACACUGGAGAAAGGCCUUAUAAGUGCAGUCAAUGUGAAAAAUCUUUUACUCGUAGCUCUGAACUUAGUAAACAUCACAGAGUUCAUAUUGGAGAAAAGCCUUAGUAGUGUGGUAAAUGUGGGAAAUCAUAAACUUAGCCCUCUGUAAACCUCACAGCAUCCGCACUUGAAAAAGGCCUUACUAGUGCAAUGGGCAUGGGAAACCUUAUACCUGUAGCUGUGCCCUCCGUUUUUAUCAGUGUUCACACUGGAUGAAGACCUUAUGAGUGCACUAAAUUGGGAAAUCCUUUAUGUGUACCAGUCAGAUCCAUUACCAUCAAAGAGUUCACACUAAAGGAAUGCCUGUGAGGUCAGUAAAUGCAGGAAAUCUUUUCUCUGUAGCAUUAACCUUCAUUGUUGUCAGUCAGAGACUACACACAGGAGCAAAGUUUUAUGGCUGUAGGGAAUGUAGGAAAUUUUGUUUUAUCAGUAAUCUAUGUUAUCCUUAGAGGCUUCACAUAUGAGAAAGGCUUUAUGAGUGCAGUGAAAUAGGAAUAUCUUUUUCUGUGCAGUCCUCACUGUUGUCUUCAGAGAAUUCAUAACGGAAUGGCCUUAUGCCUGCAGUGAAUGUGGGUAAUGUUUUUCUUGUAUUAGUGAUUUCCACUAGUGUGAUAGAAUGUCACUGGGGAAUGCAAUUUCAGUAAUUAAGAAUAUGAAGUAUCUUUUAACUGUGGCCAUUUCCUUCAUUGUUAUUAGAGAAUUGACAAUGUCUUAGUUCUUAUAACUAAAGCAAACUUGGGAUAUCUUAUUUUAACUUCUGUGUUAAAUUCUGAGAAGUCAUGAAACAUUUUUACAUACAUCAAAUAUGAGAAUUUUUUUUGUAUCACUAGCCUCCAUUAUAUUCCUAUUUUCAUUCUGGCAGAAGGCCUCAUGAGUACAUGGAAUGUGAGAAAAUAUUUUUUGAUUCUCCUUUCUAUCAUCAGUUUAUACAUAGACAGGCCUUACAGGAACAUCACAUGUGGGAAAUCUUUUACCUUGUAGCUAUAGCUGCUUUAAUCAUAGUUAAAGUCUUUAAACAAGAAGUGAACACAGGCAAAUCUUUAGCCAUAAGUCUCUACCCUUUCAAUACUGGAGAGUUCUGUCUAAAUGGUUACAUUUCAGGAAAUGUACUAUUUUUUCUUUGUAAUGACUGAAGAAAACUUACUGAGAAAAAUGUCUGAGUUUAACUUUAUAUGUUCACAGUGUGGACAUAUCUUAGAAGUUUAAUGUUUAAAUUUUGCAGAACCUAACAAAGUACGACCUAAACUAAUGGUGCCUUUUUGGAUUCAUAUUUAUAGAGUAUGAGGGUUGCCUUUCCCCAGUCUAACAAAAUCUUGAUUGUUUAAUUUUUAUUAUUUUAGCUCUUUUCAUAUGUGUUAUGCACUCACUGUUUUAGUUGCAUUUCCCUGAGGAUUUUUGAUGAACAUUUUUGCAAGAAUGUAUGUACUAGAGAUAUGUUUUUAGUAAAAUGGGCAGCUCACGCUCAAUCCACUGAGCUACACCAGGCACACAAAUAAUUGUUUUUAAUAGUAAAAAAACAUACCCAAAUUAUUUGAAUUUUUUAUAAAAAGAUUUAUUUAUUUUUAGAGAGGGGAAGGGAAGGAGAAAGAGAGAGAAACAUCAAUGUGUAGUUGCCUCUCACGUGCCCCCCUACUGGGGACCUUGUCUGCAAUCCAGGCAUGUGCCCUGUGAGGGAAUUGAACUGGUGAACCUUUGGUUCACAGGCUGGAGCUUAAUCCACUGAGCUGCAACAGCCAGGGCUAUUUGGAUUUUUUUUUUGGCUGUACACAAUGUAGUUGGCACAUUUUAUAUAUUUUAACGAGUAAUCUGAAUUAUUAACACUUUAUUGAUACUGUAAAUUGAAACAUUUAGUAAUAAAAAGCUUUGCUUCUUA